AAUGAAUUCACAGAUGCCAUAAGGACUUAUGCACUAAGUAAUGGGAGAAGUUUAAAAUUUAUUAAGAAUGACAAGAAAAUGAUUUCUGUGAAGUGCUUGGGUGGAAGAGGAAAUUGUAAAUGGUAUGCGUAUUGUUCCUUUAGGACUGAUGUCAGUGCAUGGCAAUUGAGAAAAGGGUUUGAUGUUCACAAGUGUAGUAGAGAUUUCAAUGUAAAGUUGAUGACUUCAAAGUGGUUGAGUCAAAGGAUGGAGAAAAUUGUGAGAGAAAAUCCUACAAUGAAGGUCAUGGACAUUAGGGACAAAGUUACUAGGAAAUGGAAUGUAGGAAUUUCAAGAAAUAUGGCUUUUAGGACAAGAGCAAUGACAAAAGAUAAGGUUGAAGGAUCAUUCAAAGAUCAAUACAGAAGACUUCACGAUUAUGGUCAUGAGCUGCUGAAAACAAAUCCAGGUACAACAGUAAAAAUUAAAGUUAAUAACAGUAAUGGUGAGGUCAUAUUCCAAAGAUUUUAUGCAUGCUUGAAGGCAUGCAAGGAUAACUUCAUUUGUUGUAGACCUAUUAUUGGCUUGGAUGGAUGCUUUCUAAAAAGCAAGUAUGGAGGGGAGUUACUAACAGCAGUGGGAAGAGAUGGAAACGACCAAAUGUUGCCCAUAGCAUAUGCUAUUGUUGAGGUAGAAAACAAAGACUCCUGGACUUGGUUCUUGGAGCACCUUAUUGAGGACCUUGGUGGGGCAGCUGUAUGUGCAGGAUGCACAUUUAUUUCAGACCAACAAAAGGGUCUUUUGCCAGCUAUCCAAGAUCUUCUACCUGGUGUAGAACAAAGAUUUUGUGUUAGGCAUUUAUAUUCAAACUUCAGAAAAAAAUUUCCUGGAAAAAACCUUAAACGUCUCAUGUGGCGGGCAGCAACAGCCACACACCCACAACAAUGAGAGGCUGAAAUGAGGAAUAUUAAAGACAUCAAUUUAGACGCAUUUAAAUAUCUGCUUGCCAUCCCUCCUAGGUUUUGGUCAAGAUCUAGAUUCACCUCUAGAUCACAAUGUGACACUCUUGUGAACAACAUGUGUGAGGGCUUUAAUAGUGUGCUAGUUGAUAGUAGGUCUAAGCCUAUUAGUAGCAUGUUAGAAGACAUAAGGGUUUACAUAAUGAAGAGAUGGGCUGCCAACAGGACAAAGAUCACAUCAUAUCAAGGUUCAAUCUGCCCCAAGGUUUUUAACAGAUUUCAGAAGGAGACCUGGUUAACUAGAUAUUGGUUACCAAGGUGGUCAAGAGAAAAAUUAUUUGAAGUGAAACAUCUUUCACAAUUUGGUGAGCAAUUUGUUGUGAAUGUUGACAACAUGGACUGCAUGUAACAUCCC